GCAAAAAAUUAUAUAGACGUUCUUUCACUGGCGCAAAAUCCAAAAGACUCAUUUUCAUUGGUUGGAGUUACAUAAUGGACUAGUCGAUGGUUUUGAGGAUUGUCGAAUCUGCCAUUUCUUGGUCGUACUCUUGAGUAAGGAAACGCAACAAUGUAUAAGAUUUUGCAAUAUAAGUAUACCGAUACGCCCGAUGGUAAAGAUGGAAUUAAAAAAAUGUUCUAUACUUGUAAAUAUGCUGCUGCCUUUGGAGGAACAUUGGGCCUGUUUGACCUCGUAUUUCAUUCCCAAGUAACAAAAUUCACAAGUAAAUUGAAUGUUCUUGCAGCUUAUAUAGUCCCAGCCGUGGGUUUUACUGCUGCUUAUACAGCAACAAUUUAUAUGGCUACAAAUCUGAGAGGAAAGGACGAUUGUUGGAAUUAUACUUUUGCUGCCCUAGUAACGGCUGGAGUAGUUGGAAUAGCACGGAAGAAUAUGUCAGACGCAGGUGCGCUGCUCCCAAUACUUACUCUAUUAUCAUUUGCUUACAAGCGUGGAACACAACAUGGAACAAACAUAUUCAAUCCAAAAAUUGUACGGGAAGGUAGAGUGUAUUAUCGUGAUUUGUCGCAAACAACAGAUUAUCCUAAAAAUUACACAAAAAGUUCAUAAAUUUGUAAAUCUUACAAAAGUUUAAUUGGUAGAGAGAUAAAUAAAUUCUGGUCCUAAAUCAU